AAGUAUCACUGAAUAAUAAAAGGAAUCAUUGGAGAAAGUCAAGGUACUGUGGGAUUACUUGAGAGACAACUUUGAAAGUGCUGGAAAGCUUGUUUAGGAACCAUGUCUAUCAAUAAGAUCCAUGCCCGUGAAAUUCUGGACUCUCGUGGUAACCCCACAGUGGAAGUUGACUUGUACACUGACAAAGGUCUCUUCCGGGCAGCUGUCCCUAGUGGUGCAUCAACGGGCAUCUAUGAAGCCCUUGAGCUGCGAGAUGGAGACAAGGCUCGGUACUUGGGUAAAGGUGUCACAAACGCAGUAGAGCACAUUAAUCAAACAAUUGCUCCAGCCCUUCUUGAGAAGAAACUAAGUGCUGUGGAACAGGCUGAGAUAGACAAAGGCAUGCUAGAACUUGAUGGAACAGAAAAUAAAUCAAAAUUUGGUGCAAAUGCUAUUCUGGGAGUUUCUUUGGCUGUUUGCAAAGCUGGUGCUGCUGAGAAAGGUGUCCCACUCUACCGCCAUAUUGCUGACUUGGCUGGGAAUGAAGAUCUUGUGCUUCCUGUUCCUGCCUUUAAUGUAAUCAAUGGAGGUUCCCAUGCUGGCAACAAGCUAGCUAUGCAGGAGUUCAUGAUCCUACCAGUAGGGGCAUCCAGCUUUAAGGAAGCCAUGCGCAUCGGUGCAGAGGUCUACCACAACCUGAAGAAUGUAAUCAAGGAGAAGUAUGGAAAGGAUGCCACUAAUGUGGGUGACGAGGGUGGCUUUGCACCCAACAUCUUGGAAAACAAUGAAGCUCUGGAGCUCUUAAAAUCUGCUAUUGAGAUGGCUGGCUACCCUGACAAGAUAGUGAUCGGCAUGGAUGUAGCUGCUUCAGAGUUCUACCGCAGUGGCAAGUAUGACCUGGACUUCAAGUCACCUGAUGACCCCAGCCGUUACAUUACUGGAGAGCAGCUGAGCAACAUCUACAAAGGCUUCAUUGAUGGGUACCCAGUUGUCUCCAUUGAAGACCCCUUUGACCAAGAUGACUGGGGAAACUGGAAAUCGCUGACUUGUUCUGUGAAUAUCCAGAUUGUAGGGGAUGACCUGACAGUCACCAACCCAAAGAGGAUACAGAAGGCUGUGGAUGAGAAGGCCUGCAACUGUUUACUAUUGAAGGUCAACCAGAUUGGAUCAGUCACCGAAGCCAUUCAGGCCUGUAAGCUGGCCCAGCAGAAUGGAUGGGGAGUCAUGGUUAGUCAUCGGUCAGGGGAGACUGAGGACACUUUCAUUGCUGACUUGGUAGUGGGGCUAUGCACUGGACAGAUCAAAACUGGUGCUCCCUGCAGAUCUGAGCGUCUAGCAAAAUACAACCAGCUGCUGAGGAUUGAGGAAGAGCUUGGUGAUGAGGCUCGCUUCGCUGGACCAAACUUCAGAAACCCAAAGGCUACAAAGUCUGCUGCUCUAGUUGGCACAAGUGUACAAGCUUAAUGGAGAUUGGCAAUGAGCAGAUGCCUAACUUUGUAUCAACAUGUACUAUUAAAGUUUUGUGGUCUGUUCAGAACAAUAAAUACCUGUAAACUAAAAA